AUGUAUCGUCGCCAAGGAAUUGCACCUGAGCCAGGGCCCUCCAAUAAUGAGGCAACUACUUCCACCGAAGUGAAAGUGGUGACUCGCCUGAAGAGACUAUGUCACACGAAUCAAUAUGAACUUGACUCUAUCAACUCUCACCGGCAAGGCCAGCUCUCUCUGUUUGUCGAUCCCCUCGAUGACUUAUAUCAAAUGCAAAAGAAUUAUGCGGAGAUUGUCACCAAGGCAUUACAAUCCAAUGGUUCCAGCGAGCGGCAGCAAAAAUUGGCCUGCACUGGAGAGCCCAUUGGAUGUUUAGUUCGUUGGCUGGAGGAUAUUUGGCAUGUAGCUAUUGAUGGUCCUGAGAAGUUGAGGCUUGCGUAUGGCAAAAAUAGGCUCCCAGACCAAACGAUAACGUUUCAUCUCCUUGCCCAUGCCCACACAAUUGAGUAUGACAUUCUCAUAUUCUUGAAGAGACUGUUCGAGGCUGAGAUUCAGUCGAUUUGGCCCAUCGCCUCAGCUAAUUGGGGACUCUGCCUGUAG